GUAUUGGUAUGCAUAGGUGCCAUUGCCAAUCGGUCCAAUGUUUAUUUUGCGUUUGAAGAUUUUAUGAGGGUGUGGGGAGGUUUUUGAAUGUUAAGUUUUAUUCAUAUGCCCGCCAGGUGUUUAUUUUGUUAUGAAACCUAGAUUUUGUCAUUAAAGCUACGAAAGGUUUAUCCUGUCCAAGGUCUUUCAAAAGGAUGCAGAGCAUGAGAUGGAAAUGAGGAUAGAGAUCCAAGGCAUGAAGCAGGAACUCGCCUCCAUAAGUAUGAUGGAUGAGUUUGCCAGAUAUGCACGACUGGAGCGCAGGAUCAACAAGAUGACUGACAAGUUAAAGACCCAUGUGAAAUCCCGAACAGCUCAGCAGGCCAAAAUUAAAUGGGUGGUGAAUAUAGUGUAUUAUGUUCUCCAGGCUGCAUUGAUGAUCUCCCUGAUUUGGAAGUAUUAUGCCGACCCAGUGACAGUUCUUCCCAGUAAGUGGAUUGCCCCUCUGGAGCGGUUGGUCGCUUUCCCAUCUGGAGUGGCAGGUGGAGUGGGAAUCACAACCUGGCUUGUGGUUUGCAACAAGGUAGUGGCGAUCGUACUGCAGGCUGUGGGUUGAAGAAACUGGACUUGAUAUCUGCUUUCUACAGUGUUCAAAGAUCAAUGAUUAAUGGGUAUUGUGAAAAAGUAAUUCCUUCCUGUUCAUGUUGAAAAAAUUUGCCAUUAAAUUAUUCUGUUCAGUUCA